AUGAAAACGAUGUUCACGCUAAUAGUCGCCGCACUAUGGGCGACCACCACCACCACCGGCAGCAGCGGAUCGCACGUCACGAAACGAUCCAGCACGGGCACUCAAGAACAGGAGAUUCUCAAUGAUCUGCUACGAAACUACGAUAUGCGUGUUCGUCCGCCACCGACUAAUUACUCUGAUCCACAAGGACCUGUGACAGUGCGGGUAAACAUUAUGAUAAGGAUGUUAUCGAAAAUAGACGUCGUAAACAUGGAGUACAGUAUGCAGCUAACAUUUCGUGAACAAUGGAUUGAUUCACGACUUGCCUACGCUCAAUUAGGUUAUCGUAAUGCACCGAAAUUCCUCACCGUACCACAUAUCAAAAAUAAUUUGUGGAUUCCGGACACGUUUUUCCCGACCGAAAAAGCAGCACAUAGACAUCUGAUCGAUACGGAUAACAUGUUCCUCAGGAUACAUCCAGAUGGAAAGGUACUGUACAGUAGUCGGAUAAGCAUCACGAGCUCAUGUCAUAUGCAAUUACAACUCUAUCCAUUUGAUUUACAGUUUUGUGAUUUUGAUUUGGUCAGCUAUGCGCAUACGAUGAAGGAUAUUGUCUAUGAAUGGGACUAUGCGGCACCGGUACAGUUGAAGCCUGGAGUGGGUAGUGAUUUACCGAAUUUUCAAUUGCAGAAUAUCACCACUAAUGAUGACUGUACCAGUCAUACGAACACAGGCUCGUAUGCUUGCCUAAGGAUGAAACUUAUACUGAAAAGGCAAUUCAGCUACUACCUAGUGCAAUUGUAUGGUCCCACAACGAUGAUUGUUAUUGUGUCAUGGGUAUCAUUUUGGAUCGAUAUGCAUUCAACAGCUGGACGUGUUGCUCUCGGUGUCACCACUCUUCUAACCAUGACAACAAUGCAAGCAGCUAUAAAUGCUAAAUUACCUCCGGUGAGCUAUGUGAAAGUGGUAGACGUUUGGUUAGGAGCGUGUCAAACGUUUGUGUUCGGAGCGUUGCUUGAAUAUGCGUUCGUCUCCUAUAAGGAUAGUUCACGAAAGGAGGAACAAGCAAAAAGUAACGCGGCCAGAAAGGCUCAGAAACGAAGAGCCAAAAUGGAGAUUACCAGCGCUAGCGAAGCCUAUCAACCACCUUGUACUUGUCAUUUGUAUCGCGACAUGCGUCCAUCGUUACGGGACCGACUUCGGCGCUACUUCACUAAACCGGAAUAUUUGCCGGCGAAGAUCGACUUCUACGCGCGAUUCUACGUGCCGCUCGGCUUUUUGGCCUUCAACAUCGUCUACUGGACGUCAUGCAUCAUGAUGGCUUCGAAAAUGUCUCAGAUGUGA